CCUAGUUCCUCAGCUUUUCGUAUUCUUUCACGCAGCAGUGCUUGGGAGUCACUGUAGCUCCAGUCAGUGUUAUCAGCACCUUCGCACUGGCGCUUUGCCAGGGAAGAGAAUUAUCUAUGACUUGAAUGCCUCGGUGCCGUCCUCUGGUUUCUCUGGGGAACUGCAGUACGGAGAUGCUAUCUCCACUAAUGAGAAGGCCUUUGGUGCCUCUUCGGGGCUUCUGGGACUGCAGUAGAGAGGUACAUAAAUAAAGGAUAAAAUAUUUUAUGAAACAAAUCUUCAAUCAAGUAUAACAUUUUGAUGCUUGGCAUCUAGACUCCCUUGUGCCCUCACUAUGCCAGCGGCAACUGUAGAUCAUAGCCAAAGAAUUUGUGAAGUUUGGGCUUGCAACUUGGAUGAAGAGAUGAAGAAAAUUCGUCAAGUUAUCCGAAAAUAUAAUUACGUUGCUAUGGACACCGAGUUUCCAGGUGUGGUUGCAAGACCCAUUGGAGAAUUCAGGAGCAAUGCUGACUAUCAAUACCAACUAUUGCGGUGUAACGUAGACUUGUUAAAGAUAAUUCAGCUAGGACUGACAUUUAUGAAUGAGCAAGGAGAAUACCCUCCAGGAACUUCAACUUGGCAGUUUAAUUUUAAAUUUAAUUUGACGCUGGGCAUGGUGGCUCACGCCUGUAAUCCCGGCACUUUGGGACGCCGAGGUGGGUGGAUCACAAGGGAGGACAUGUAUGCCCAGGACUCUAUAGAGCUACUAACAACAUCUGGUAUCCAGUUUAAAAAACAUGAGGAGGAAGGAAUUGAAACCCAGUACUUUGCAGAACUUCUUAUGACUUCUGGAGUGGUCCUCUGUGAAGGGGUCAAAUGGUUGUCAUUUCAUAGCGGUUACGACUUUGGCUACUUAAUCAAAAUCCUAACCAACUCUAACUUGCCUGAAGAAGAACUUGACUUCUUUGAGAUCCUUCGAUUGUUUUUUCCUGUCAUUUAUGAUGUGAAGUACCUCAUGAAGAGCUGCAAAAAUCUCAAAGGUGGAUUACAGGAGGUGGCAGAACAGUUAGAGCUGGAACGGAUAGGACCACAACAUCAGGCAGGAUCUGAUUCAUUGCUCACAGGAAUGGCCUUUUUCAAAAUGAGAGAAAUGUUCUUUGAAGAUCAUAUUGAUGAUGCCAAAUAUUGUGGUCAUUUGUAUGGCCUUGGUUCUGGUUCAUCCUAUGUACAGAAUGGCACAGGGAAUGCAUAUGAAGAGGAAGCCAACAAGCAGUCAUGACAUGAAAUAGUCCUUUUUUUAUUUUAUUUCGAGCUACACACAUGCUUGUAUAUAGGUUUUAUCUCUGGUUGAAUCCCUUGAACAAUAGACAGUACCUUUCCCCCCCCUUUCAUGGCCCAUUUUAUUGUCUGCCUUUCAGUACUAAGUAUGACCGUUCCUAUCUCAGAUCUUAAUAAAAAGAAAAAAAAACGCAUUCAGGUUAAAUUUGGCCUUAAUUUAAUAUACUUGUUAGCAAGCGUGUGUGACAGAGAGUGGGGAAAGCUACAUCAUUGAAUAUUUUGAUAAACUUUACCUACUUGAGUUUGGAUUAUUUUUCCCUUUUCCUAAAUUAACUAGCACUGACUGUAAUUUAUUUCCCUGUUUCAUGUCUCUCCCUUCCAUUCUGCAGGAGUUUUAGCUAUUUGAGAUUGUGGACCAUCAGUUUUGCACUUUAGAGAGUGUUUCUGACUCAAAACCUCUGUUUUAUCAGAAAAUUUGUUUUUUCUUGAUCUUAGCUGGAAAAAUGACCAUCUGCCAACUUUACACAGUAUUUACUUGGUUUUGACCCACAGAAUAUAGCACAUUGUGCAAACUGUCGAUUCAGCGAAACUUAAAAAGACAAGAAACUACUGAGGAGCUUAGUAACUGCUGUUUCUGUACGUAGUGUUUAAUCUUCCAAGCACAUCUAGUGUCUGUCAGUUUCUAAUUGGCAUGUGUAGGCUGCUCUGUGACUGAAGAAUUUUCAAACCAGCUUUACACCCUUCAGGAAAAAUCCCUUGUGAUUGGAUGUUUAGUAUCUGCCAGGAAACUGGUACUCAAGAUGUUGAAGCUACAGUUAUUUUAUGAUAGCACACUUCCUUGAUCUGCUUAUUUUUAUUCCAUCACCAUUUACCCUUUUUUUUAAAAAAAAUUUUGUAGCCAUACUUAUGAUGCUCUUGAUUUGUUGGUUACACAAAUCAAUUUUAUUAAAAUCCAAAGAUAAGUCUUUAGGUAUAUUUUGUACCAGAUUAAAUUAGAGGACAAAAAUUGUGCUUUCAUAAUUGCUAUAAAGGUAAAUAAUGGAGAAAUUUGGUACAAAACAAAAUAUAUAUAUAUAUUCUCAUAUAUAUAUAUAGCUAAUAAAAUUACCUGAGGAGUGUAAUGCUUGUUUAUUUUUUUGUGUAUAUCUUUGCAAUCUAUUUUAUAUAUAUUGACAAAAGAGACUGUGAAAUAUUUAGCCAUGCAGAAUAUGUGACCAGACCAGAGCAUGUGUAGGAAGACUUUUUGGUAAUCAUUAACUCCACCCUGAAAUGAUGGACUACAGGUUAUAAUGUGUGUUACCUACACUUCAAUCAGUAAUAUUAGCAAAUCUCCAAAUGUUAGUCACAUUGGUUUGUCUCCCUUGUACAUUGUUUAUUCAUGAUAUUACAGUGCUGUAACUGGGUGGUCCUUUUUAAACAAAACAUUAUUUGCAAAACAGAGGGUAUUAUUGUUUUUAAAGCUUUUGUAAAUAAAGGCUUCAAAAUGUUUUCUUAUAAA